UAGGAGAGAGCAGCGGUCCACUCUCUUACUCAGUUCUCGUUUGACUGUGGUGCAGGCCGGAACGUCGCCCCCUUAAAGCCGCCCCCCCGCGUCCCACCUACCCAUCGGAAAGGCCGUCACGCCCCCUUAACCUAGUGACAUUGCGUGUGAACCGACAUACGAACGAACAAACGAAAGGGGACAAUCGUAUCUCAAGACCAUUCGUGCGGUGCACACACAAGGUCACAAAACGCACACAAACGCACACAGGCUUGAACUAUGUCGGCGCGCGUGUGCAGGCGGGGCAUGUGAGGGCGCGGUGCGUAGCGGUGGAGGAGGUGGAGGUGGUGGAGGAGGGCGUGGAGGGCGUGGACGGAGUGGUGGGGGGUGAGGCGGCGGCGGCGGUGGUGGAGGUGGUGGUGGUGGAGGAGGCGGCGCCGUGAGUGUGUUGCGGGUGGUCGCGUGCGGCGGGCAUGUGUGUGAGUGCGUGGUGAGGGCGGGGGUGCCGCCUGUCCCGGGGGACGCCCGCAGAGUGUGGUGGGGCGCCGACCUCGCCAGGCCCCCCGCCAGCCCCACCACCCGCCCCCCGCGGCCCGCCGCACCCGCCGCCCCCGCCCCCCGCUGCCCCUGCUGGCAGGACCCCCCCACCGCGACCCCUCCCGCCCGCUGCUGCUGCUGCUGCAGGAGCGACAUGCACGUGCGGGGCGCAGCGGCCCCUGGGGGCGGGUGGGCGGGCGGGUGACCGGGGGGCGGGCGGGUGGCGCGGGCGGCGGGCGGUGCGGGCGGGGGUGAGUGCCACGCCCCCGCCGCACCAUGUUCCGCCCCGCCGCCCCGCCCCGCCCCCCGCGCCUGCCCCGCUUACUCCAUCACCUAUCCGGACUACUCGAGCAAGGGGGACGUGCCCCCCCAGCCCCAGUACCUGCCCCCCCCGCCCCCCGCCCACACCCGCUCCCGCCCCUCGCCCACAGCGACGCCCAGCCAGCCCGCUUUCGUGCACCGCCAUGCCUCCACGCCCGCCCUGGCCGCCACGCCGCGGCCCACGCCCACCCACACCGCUGCCCCGGGCCAGGCCCAGCCCGCUCACGCCUCGCCCGCGCCGCGCCAGGCCGCCAUCUGCACGUGCCGCCCCGCGCCCAGACACUGCCGCGCCUGCGGGCCCCAGGGGUCUCGGCAGCACUCGUCAGGCCGGGCGUGGGCGGCGCGCUCCUCGUGCCGCACGCCCGCGCGGUCCAGCAGCUUCAGUUCGCGGCGGACCGGCGCGGGGCUGUGCCCGCCGCUGCCCCACGACGACGAGGGCGCCCUCAGCGACACCUACCUGGCCGUCACGCUGGGCCGCCGCCGCCACGCCCACCACAGCCCCGCCCGCGCCUCCCUCAGCCCUGCCCACGACGCCCUCUGCCUCUCAGACCGCGAGGACGGCGGCGGCGACGGCGGCGGCGGCGGCGGUGGCAGCGGCGGUGGAGUCAGAAGUGGCGGCGGCGGAGAGAAGGUUCGGUGGGCACCGGACGUGGGGGCGCCGCGCUCCCCGUCCCUGCCGCGCCCCACGCCGCCCCGCACCCGCCGCAGCUCAGACUCCACGCUGCGCCCCCACGUGGAGGCCCCCCUGCGGCCCCCCCUCAUACCCCCUCGCAUCGAGGAGCCCCCCCGCCAGCAGGCCGCGCCGCCGCCCCCCAGCCUGCCGCCCAGGAUACAGGAGGCGCUGGAGGGCGAGGAGACCACCACCACGGACGCCGAGAUGUGCGGCAGCGGCUACGAGAGUGAGGCCGACCAGCCGCUCAUCUGGGGCCUGGGGGGGCCGGGGGACCAGCAGGAGGCCUGGGGCAUCACCCCGCCCCACGCCCCCCACGCCAGGGUGCUGCUGGACUACGG